UGUAAAGUCCCCAUAUUUGGGAACCCUUUUAGAUUUGAUUUAUUCAAUUCAGUCUGGUAUGAGAACGGUAGCCACUAUCUCCAAAAGCAUGGUAUCUGCGAAAAGCUGAGUAUAUUGGGUAUUGAUUGGCGCCUUCAAUUCUUUCAUGUGACUUACUACCAUCUAUGGACAUGCGUAUGUAUAAGGACAUGCCGAGGCAAUGACCUAAUUUCAAGAUGGCUGCUACCUACAUUCCGGUUUGCGUUGUGAAGCUUCAACGAAAUAAACAGGGAAUACGUUGAUUGACAUCGAAAGCCGGAACUCCACAGAUCAUGCGGAUAUUUUAAAAUAUUUUAUUUUAUAUUGAUUAUUGACCACCAGCCCCGAUAGUCAAAAUGUUCAUUUUACACGUUUGUGUAAAACAGCAAACAUUUUACAAGGACCUAAGCCCUAGGACCAUGCCUCAGGACUACCUGGCCUGAGGACUCCUUGCUGUCCCCAGUCCACCUGGUCGUGCUGCUGCUCCAGUAUCAGCUGUUCCGCCUGUGGCUAUGGAACCCUGACUUGUUCACCGGAUGUGCUACCUUGUCCCAGACCUGCUGUUUUCAACUCUCCAAAAACCGCAGGUGCGGUAGAGAUACUCUGAAUGAUCGGCUAUGAAAAGCCAACUGACAUUUCCUCCAGAGGUGCUGACCUGUUGCACCCUCUACAACCACUGUGAUUAUUAUUAUCAUCUGACCCUGCUGGUCAUCUAUGAACAUUUGAACAUCUUGGCCUUGUUCUGUUAAAAUCUCCACCUGGCACAGCCAGAAGAGGACUGGCCCCCCCUCAUAGCCUGGUUCCUCUCUAGGUUUCAGCCUUUCAAGGGAGUUUCUCCUAGUCACUGUGCUUCUACACCUGCAUUGCUUGCUGUUUGGGGUUUUAGGCUGGGUUUCUGUAGAGCACUUUGUGACAUCAGCUGAUGUAAGAAGGGCUUUAUAAAUACAUUUGAUUGAUGUAAGAUGUGAAGCCACAUUCUUACAAUUCCUGCCUGAACAGUGACUCCUAUUGGUACAUGAGGGGUAAUGGACUUUAGUGAGAACAAGUCUACCAUCCAGAUGCCCACCUCAAUGUACCCUGCUUACCUUUGAAAACAAGCCGUAUAUGUUUCAGCUGAGCCCUCAUGGCAACACAUGUAGAUGGUGAUCAGCUUCCAUACUAUUUUGUGUAGACUACCUAAAUAACAUUGAAUAGUAUUUGCAUUGCCCCACCUCUUUUACGCUGCUGAUACUCUCUGUUUAUUAUCUAUGCAUAGUCACUUUAACUCUACCUACAUGUACAUAUUACCUCAGUUACCUCGACUAACCGCUGCUCCCUCACAUUGACUCUGUACCGUCACCCCUAUAUAUAGCCUCGCUACUGUUAUUUUUACUGCUGCUCUUUAAUUAUUUGUUACUUUUAUUUUAAAUGUUUAACUUGCUUGAAACUGCAUUGUUGGUUAAGGGCUUGUAAGUAAGCAUUUCAAUGUAAGGUCUACACCUGUUGUAUUCGGCGCAUGUGACAAAUACAUUUUUUAUUUGAUUUGAAAGUAACUUACUUAUGUGAAAGUAAAUGUAGGCUACAUUGACAUCUGAAUUGCCCAAAGGACACCAUCAUUUCAACGCAAUGCUAGGUAUACUAUUAUUUGUCUAUGGUAGAUUAGGUCUUAAUAUAUUUAAGUUGAAGUUUUACCCUAAUUUCAAUGUUUACAACACUGGUUGAAAUUUGAUGAUAACAUUACUGGUUGAUGACUUUAAAAAAAUCCAAUGUAAAGUUGGGUCUAAAAUUUGACACCCUUGAUAAACAUGAGCAAUAAUGACUAUAAAAAAAAUUAUUCAAAUACUGAGCUAUAUUCUUAUGCUUAAAAAAAAGGGAAAUUAUACUAUUUUAUACUAAUGUAAUUGCUCAGAAAGAUUUUGUUUAACAAGUAAUAUAUUUUUUUCUUCCUCAAAGGUGGUCAAGAUUAUUGACACCCCUAAAGAUUCUUAUAAAUAAAUUAGUCAAAAGUUUAGUAUUUGGUCCCAUAUUCCUAGCAUGCAAUGACUACAUCAAGCUUGUGACUCUACAAACUUGUUGGAUGCAUUUGCAGUUUGUUUUGUGCCCAAAAUAAAUGAAUGGUAAAUAAUGUGUUGUCAUUUUGGAGUCACUGUUAUUGUAAAUAAGAAUAGAAUAUGUUUCUCAACACUUCUACAUUGUGGAUGCUACCAUGAUUACAGAUAAUCCUGAAUGAAUUGUGAAUAAUGAGAGUGAAAGUUAGAGGGUCAAAGAUCAUACACCAAGACACGCUAACCUCUCACCAUUACCAAUUACAGGGGAGGUUAGCAUGUCUUGGGGGUACGAUUAACCCUUUAACAGGCAGCUCAACCAGUCUGUUGAGCCAAUUUUGACAACCUAUUUUAAAUUAAACAUAUGAUUUUUGUUUGCCAUAUUUGAUCUCAACCAAUGCCAUUUAGUAAAAUGAUCAUGUGGUUUUCAUUGUCAAGACAAGAGAUCACACAACAACUGUCUGUAUCUCAUGAAAGAGAAAAGAAUAAGAGUGCUUUUUGUUCAAACAAAAAGGAAAAAGGAGAUCUCACCGCUUCUAUGCUUGGGCCAAGAUUUACCACAGGGGGGCGGCAGUCGAUCAAUCCAAAUCUGCAGUCUAGGAGCCUCUCACUACCAUGAAAAAUACUAAGAUGAGCAAGCACACGCGUCUUCAAUAAAUGUACUUUUCUAGAUUGUAAAUUAGAAUGCAUAUCUGUUAUGUUGGCUAUAAAAUAUAUCAGGUUCUUAGGAAUUAGGGCUGAAAUGACUUUAUUAGUUAGCAACAAUGCGGUAGGACUGUGUUACUUUCAGCGUAAUAACAUUAGCUGUAAGAGGAAAUAAACAAAUCUCUGAUUGAAUUUUGAGGUUGCCUGAUACCUCUAUCUACAUGCCGGUAGAUAUUUUCGAAGGGAGUGAGGAUCUCUAGAACAAUGUUCUACAGAAAAUGCAAUGUGUCUGUGUCGGGUCAAACAGGUGCAAGUGGUAGAAAUGAGGACACUUGGCUUGCUAUGGUUUAUUGUAGAAUGAAUGACAGUUUAUAUACAGCAGUUACAUCUGGUGUAUAUUUGAACAAUGUCUAUUGUUAUCAAGAUUCUGAUGUUCCAUGUUUUUGAAUUACUUUUUUUUGCAAACAAUAAUACAAAACAUACAGAUGGGAAAUAAUGCUUGAACAUUCUUAGAUCUCCGACACUGUGUUCCUGAACAGACAUGAGAGUAAAUAUUUCUCGAUUGUCAGCUUUGCGACUCGAGAGCCCAACAAAGGCUUGACUGUUCUGAGGCGCGUAGAGAGAUGCUCUGAAGCCCUCUGAGAUCUCCUGUUUUCAAAGAAUCCUGUGGUUUGGUUCCUUGUCUCUCUCAAACCCUCGACCCCCGUAGAGCUGCGCCGUGCCCACAUCCUCCUCUUAUACGACCCCCACCUAGGCCAUGUUUCUCCCCCUAUACCCCUCAGCCCCCACACACACACACACACUCUCUAAAAAACCAAGCUCCAUACAGUUUUAGUUAGGCAUUAACAGCUUACAAUUUCAGAAUGCCUUUGCUUUACUGCAGCAAAGUACAUUGUUAAAGGGAGUGUUCACCCAAAUUACCAAAUGUAUGUUGUCUUUGGACAAGGUAUGACAGUAAUCCAUGCUUUGGUUUUGUUUACCUGACCUGUUUCCAAAUGCUAACCUUUUAGCAUUUGUGGCACACAUCCAAUGCAAGUCAAUGGUACCGAUACGAGCAUUUUUCACGCUUCAGUUAAGUUACUUAUAGAUGACUUGGACAUGAAGAAUAUAAAAUGCUAAUAUCAAUAUCAUUGACUUGGUUUAGAUUAAGCAUUUGGGAACAGUGGCCUGGUAAAUAGACCAAAGCAUGGAUUGCUGUCAUAUUUUUUCAUAACUUGUAAUUUGGGUGAACUUUCCCUUUUAAUAUGACAAACUCUCUCGCAGGAUGAUGCUAAAUGCCAAGUUCAUUAGCAAUUUAUAUAACAAAAACUUUUUUAAUGAAAUGCAUUUCUGAAAUGUUCAGAUACAUUGACUUUUAAGCACUUUUUUUACUGCAUUGUAGUACAGGUUAACUUUGCAUGAUCCCAACUGAAUAUCUUCAUCACCCUGCUAUGUAUACAGGGAGCUCCAGAAGUAUCGGGACUGACACAUUUGUUGUUGUUUUGGCUCUGUAUUCCAGCACUUUGGAUUUGAAAUUAUGCAAUGACUUUGAGGUUAAAGUGCAGACAGUCAGCUUUAAUUUGAGUGUAUUUUCAUCCAUAUCGGGUGAGCGUCUGGAAAAUGCAGCACUUUUUGUACAAAGUCCCCCCAUUUUAGGGGACCAAAAAUAUUGGGACAAAUUCACUUAUGUGUAAUAAAGUAGGCUGUAUGUUUAGUUUUUGGUCCCAUAUUCCUAGCACUCAAUGAUUACAUCAAGUCUGUGACACUACAAACUUGAUGGAUGCAAUUGCUGUUUGUUUUGGUUGUGUUUCAGAUUAUUUUAUGCCCAAUAGAGAUAAAUGGUAAAUAAUGUAUUGUGUCAUUUUGGAGUCACUUUUGUUGUAAAUAAGAAUAGAAUAUGUUUCUAAACACUUCUACAUUAACCUGGAUGCUACCAUGAUUACCGAUAGUCCUGAAUGAAUUGUGAAUAAUGAUCAGAGAGAAAGUUUAUAUCAUUCCCUCAAGACAUGCUAAUUAAAUCAAACUUUAUUUGUCACAUGUGCCGAAUACAACAAGUGUAGACUUUACUGUGAACUGCUUACUUACAAGCCCUUAACCAACAGUGCAGUUCAAGAAGAGUUAAGAAAUUAUUUACCAAGUAGACUAAAAUAAAAAGUAAUAAUAAAUAGUAACACUAACUAUAACGAGGCUAUAUACAGGGGGUACCGAGUCAGUGUGCGGGGGUACAGGUUAGUUGAGGUAAUUUGUACAUGUAGGUGGGGGUGAAGUGACUGCAUAGAUAAUCUUCACUGUUAUUGUAAUGGUGAGAGGUUAGCAUAUCUUGGGGUUGGGAUCUUUGUGCGUCUAACUUUCUCACUCAUCAUAAUUCAUUCAGGACUAUCCGUAAUCAUGGUCUGCGUCCACAUGAAUGUAGAAGUGUUGAGAAACAUAUUCUAUUCUUAUUUACAAUAACAGUAACUCCAAAAGGACACUACAUUAUUUACCAUUCAUUUCUAUUGGGCACAAAAUAAUCUGAAACAACCAAAACAAACAGAAAAUGCAUCCAACGAGUUUGUAGAUUCACAAGCUUGAUGUAGUCAUUGCGUGCUGUGAAUAUGGGACUAAAUAAAUACUUAACUUUUGACUACUUUAAUAUACAUAUAAGGGAAUUUGUCCCAAUACCUAUUGAUCCCCUAAAAUGGGGGGACUAUGUAUAAAAGUGGUGUAAUUUCUAAACGGUUUGCCAGGUAUGGAUAAAAACACCCUCAAAUUAAAGCUGCCAGUCUACACUUUAACCUCAUAGCCAUUGUAUAAUUUCAAAUCCAAAGUGCUGGAGUACAGAGCCAAAAUAAAAUAUCACUGUCCUAAUACUUUUGUAGCUCACUGUAUCUGAUGUAAUGUUCUUACUGAAAGGAAAUCUUUUGGAAAUUUAAAAUUAGAAAAUGAACCAAUUUUGCGGAUCGUUCCAUAUUCUAUUGAAUUGUAUCCCUUAAUUAGUGUGCUGUGUGCGUCUCUCAGGGUGCCCAUAUAAAGGCAGGCAUAAAGAUUAUAAGAUAAUGUACGUGAACAAAACACGAAAGCAGGAUCACAUGUGGGUUGUCAGUGAGUGGUGGUAAAUAUAUUUGUUCAUGAGAACCAACGUUAAAAACGUAUCCACAACAUUGAAAAUCUUGCUGUAAGGUUGUGAACAAGUAAAUGUGAGCUACAAUAUUUGCUGGGAAAUAGAAUAUUUUAAAAUGAAAAAUAGGCUACUUCUAAGUUUACUCAUAACUUUCAUAACUUUUUACAUCUCACAGUGGUAAGGUUCAUGCUUUGUGGAAAUUGUCAAGACUCAGUAGAAUUCUAUUGACAGAUAAAAUUACAUUUUCAGGUAUUUAUCAGAUUCAGCAAUUACAGAAGUACUCAUUGAGCUUCAUUGUUGGUUGGUUUUGUAUUUCUUUGACAUGAACUGGAGUUAAGGUAGCUUGAUCUGCAGCCGUGCUCCAGUACUCAGUGCGGCUGCAGCUGGGCUAGGUCACACACCUGGGCAGAGAGGUUAGGAGAGGUGAGACUUGGUAAUUGUGCAAACUAGUCACACCAGAAAAAAAACUUGGCCUUCAUUUAAAAAUGUAUUGGUAUAAAACAAUUCCAUAUACAGUUCAUUCAGAAAGUAUUCAGACCCCUUGACUUUUUCCACAUUUUGUUACGUUACAGCUUUAUACUAAAAUGUAUUAAUUUAAACAUUUUCCUCAACAAUCUACACACAAUAACCCAUAAUGACAAAGCAAAAACAAGUUUUUAUUGGCAAGUUUAUACAAAAUAAAAAUAAAAACUUAUUUUCAAAAGUAUUCAGACCCUCUCCUAUGAAACUCGAAAUUGAGCUCAUGUGCAUCCUGUUUCCAUUGACAAUCCUAACGUUUCAACAACUUGAGUCCACCUGUGGUAAAUUAAAUUGAUUGGACAUGAUUUGGAAAGGCACAAACCUGUCUAUAUAAGGUCACACAGUUAACAGUGCAUGCCAGAGCAAAAGCUAAGCCAAAAGGUCGAAGGAAUUGUCUGUAGAGCUCUGAGACAGGAUUGUGUCAUAGCACAGAACUGGGAAAGGGUACCAAAACAUUUCUACAGCAUUGAAGGUCCCCAAGAACCCAGUGACCUCUGUCAUUCUUAAGUGGAAGAAGUUUGGAGCCACCAAGACUCUUCCUAGAGCUGGCUGCCUGGCCAAACUGAGCAAUCGGUGGAGAAGGGCAUUGGUCAGGGAGGAGACCAAGAACCCCAUGGUCACUCUGACAGAGCUCUAGAGUUCCUCUGUGGAGAUGGGAAAACCUUCCAGAAGGACAACCAUCUCUGCAGCACUCCACCAAUCAGGCCUUUAUGGUAGAGAGGCCAGACAGAAGCCACUCCUCAGUAAAAGGCACAUGACAGACCGCUUGGAGUUUGCCAAAAGGCACCUAAAGACUCUCAGAUCAUGAGAAACAAGAUUCUUUGGCUUGAAUGCCAAUGGUCACAUCUGGAAGAAACCUGGCACAAUCCCUACAGUGAAGCAUCGUGGUGGCAGCAUCAUGCUGUGGGAAUGUUUUUCAGCGGCAGGGACUGGGAGACUAGUCAGGAUCGAAGGCAAAGAUGAACGGAGCAAAGUACAGAGAGAUUCUUGAUGAAAACUUGCUCAUGAUCUCAGAUUGUGGCGAAGGUCCACCUUCCAACAGGACAAUGACCCUAAGCACACAGCCAAUACAAUGCAGGAGUGGCUUCCGGACAAGUCUCUGAAUGUACUUGAGUGGCCCAGCCAGAGCCCAGACUUGAACCCGAUCGAACAUAUCUGGAGAGACCUGAAAAUAGCUGUGCAGCAACGCUCCCCAUGCAACCUAACAGAGCUUGAGAGGAUCUGCAGAGAAGAAUCGGAGAAACUCCCCAAAUACAGGUGGGCCAAGCUUGUAGCGUCAUACCCAAGAAGACUCGAGGCUGUAAUCCGCGCCAAAGGUGCUUCAACAAAGUAAAGGGUCUGAAUACUUAAGUAAAUGUGAUAUUUACGUUAACAUUUUUUAAAUGAGCAACAAUUGUUUUGUCAUUAUGGGGUACUGUGUGUAGUUUGAUGAGGGGAAUAAAUAAACUUUUUCAUAAAAAAAUUCAAAUAAGGCUGUAACCUAACAAAGUGUGGGAAAAGUCAAGGGGCCUGAAUACUUUCCAAAGGCACUGUAGUACAAAAAUAGUGUAGACCAGCACUUUUAUUACAGAUUGUAAAUACUGCCGACCCUGACUGAAAUUUCUAUGCCAAUGGUUCUAAUGUCCAUCGGUUGGGAAAAGUAAUUGUUGAUAUUAUGGAACUGUUCACGUUUGGUUGGCCCAUGAGCGUUACUUUAUUCUGAAUAGAUACGUCUUUGUGUAGCAUUCCCUUUAAAUCAAAGUAAUAGCAGUAUAUUCCCGAUGAGGGUUACAGCUGGUGGGGUAAGUUUCUUAAAACCAAGUGAAAUGAUUAUAAAAGUGUCUGGGCACUUCUACAGCAUACCACAAUAAACAUUUUGAAUUAGGAGUAAAAAGUGUUAAUGUAUACAAACUUCAAAGGUUUAUGUGUUUUUUAUUUUGUAUAUUACUUGACUGAAUCAUACACUAUUAUCAAUAGUGUAUGAUACUGUGACAAAUGACAGACAAAGCCUUCUGAGCAAUCAACAAGAGGAUAUGAAGCGUCUUUCGUAUAUGGGGAAAACUUCUGACAUAUUGCCAUUAGAUAUACAUUGAACAUCAUCUCCUCUCUUCAUUAUAAGUGUGUGUGUGUGUGUGUGUGUCUCGCUCUCUGAUAGGCCUGUUGCGUGGCUGUGUGUUGUCACGUAGGGGUGUUACCCAGGCGACACUUGGCCAUGUUAGUUCAGUUGCUCCCCUGUUCUCUGACAGAUGCAGAAAGGGAAAAGAAAGCACUUUUGCCGACCCUCAGCUAACCCUCGAGACGACACGCAUCUCAAAUACGCGACCACUCAAGAUGACCCCGUUGGCACUGGUAUGGACAAUGGUGUGCUUGUGGAAAACAGUGUACAGCCUGACACCAACCGAGUCCCACUUCGUCCGCUACCCCACUAUCGACGACACAGAGGUCCUCACCUGUGAGUGUUCCAGCCGCUCCUGCCAGACAGUCUUUUGGUUCCGCACACACCACAACAGCUCCGUCUUCCAGUUCCUUUUCAGCCUCAACAAUGCUGACCGGUAUUUCUACGGACCCGGGGUGGAUGAACACCGGUUCAAGGCCAGUAAAAGGGACAUGGGGAGCAAGGUGGCUUUCACACUGCGCAUCACUCAAAUAAAGGCAGAGGACGCAGGGUUGUACUCCUGUAUGCUCCAGAACCAGAAGGAGAACGAGUUGUGGAGGCCAGGAGUUCUUCUCAGACCCGGAGAAACUCGCCCAACAUUAACCCCUCUCACAAAGCCCAAGCCCAAGCCCGCUGGAAUCCCAACCGGCCGCUGCACCAAAAGCAACUAUCAAACCCCUGAAGGCUGUGGCUCCAAAGUUCUGUGGCCGUUGGUCGGAGUACUCCUCACCCUGGCUGUGGCUUUGAUCUACACACUGUACUACUUCAGCCGACUACCCAAAAAGUGUCGACAUCAGUUUGCCAAGAAAAGACCAUUGAAGUAAGACAGAGAGCCCACAUUGCAGACUGAGACAGUGCUGUAUGUGUCCUUGGAUCUCCUUCCAGGAAUCCAAUUCGAGUGAAUCUGAAGACAGUUUUAUUAGCAUGUCACUUUUCUAUUCUUUGUUCAUUACAGCAAUGAACUUACCUGAAAAUGCAACUGUUUAAAAGGAAACUCUUAGGAUGCUGUCCACACUGGUAAUGCCUCUGGCGAUGGUUUUCUAAUUAAGUGGAUGUAUUUAACAGAAUAAAUGUUUAUGAACCAGUAUUACUCUCUUAUGUGCUAGUAUACUACAAAUGCAGCUUUUAAUAGAUAAAUAUAAUACAUUACUUGUAAAUACGUCCAUACUGUAUAUCUAUUGUUUUGUGUUUGCCAUGCAUUGCCCAUCUGGAACAACAAUACCAUGGUUUGCCUAUUGAUAUUUGGCAAAACUGUACUUUCAAUAGAGUCAAAGCAAUAUGAAGCAUUGUAUUCUGGUUCAGUAGCCUAAUGUGUUUAUUGUCUGUGUGCAUCAUGUGUUGAUGAAUAAAAUCUUUUUUUUUUAUCAUU